UGAUCAUCAUUGAAUGCCCAAUUUAAUCCUUCUUGCAUGCGAAUAAAAUCGUACAAAAAUUCUGAAGCAUUCCAAACAAUUACGUACAAACUACUGUCAUAAGGAUAUUUUGGAGGACCCUUUGGACUUAUAGAGAAAUAAGAAUUAAUGGGUUUCCCCAAAUCGGCAAUGUUUUCGCUCUGCAUUUCUGUACGUCUUGUUGUUCUCCCGGUGAAAAUCCCAUCAAUCGGAAUAGAAGCAGACAUCAUACUACCAGCACAGCAGCUGGGUGCCACGGUGGCACCAUGGCCACCAGCCAUUACCUCGGUAGACGAUAUGGCACAUAAAGGUAAAGGUCAUAGCGGUGUGAACCAGCUAGGGGGCGUUUUCGUCAGCGGACGACCCUUGCCGGAUUCGACCCGACAGAAAAUCGUCGAAUUAGCCCAUUCUGGAGCCCGGCCCUGUGAUAUUUCCCGAAUACUCCAGGUCUCCAACGGGUGUGUUUCCAAAAUUCUUGGAAGGUAUUACGAAACGGGUUCGAUACGGCCGAGAGCGAUCGGUGGUUCGAAGCCGCGUGUGGCCACAGCGGAGGUGGUCGCCAAGAUAUCGGCGUACAAGCGUGAAUGUCCAUCGAUAUUCGCCUGGGAAAUACGGGACCGGCUCCUGCAGGAAGGCGUCUGCACAAACGACAACAUUCCAAGCGUAUCUUCAAUCAAUAGGGUGCUAAGAAAUCUGGCUGCCCAAAAGGAACAAGCUGCACAACAACAAAGUCCUGUCAACACUUCGGCGGAUAGCGUUUACGACAAGCUGAGGUUGCUAAAUGGGAACCAGGGUAGCUGGAGGCCAGCUCCCUGGUAUCCCCCGGGAAGCAGCCCGUUCCCCCUGCAACCCUUAAGCCCCCCAACCACCAUUUUAGCUGACGACAUUACUACGAAGAAGGAUUUGGAUGGAGUCCAUUCCGACGAAACCAAUUCAGGAGACAAUUCAAACGCUGGAUCAAGUGUUGGAGCAGACGACGACCAAGCAAGAUUGCGAUUGAAACGAAAGUUACAAAGAAAUAGAACGUCAUUUACGAACGAUCAAAUCGACAAUCUUGAGAAGGAGUUUGAAAGGACGCAUUACCCUGAUGUUUUUGCAAGGGAGCGUUUGGCUGCGAAGAUAGGUCUCCCAGAAGCUCGGAUCCAAGUGUGGUUUUCUAACAGAAGGGCUAAAUGGAGGAGAGAAGAAAAAUUAAGGAACCAGCGUCGGGCCCCUUCAGCCACUGACCAACCAGCACCACCAUCUUCACCGCCUAGGUUGCAAGGAUUUAACAAUCCUUCUUCAAUGUAUUCUCCCAUUGCUCCGCCAAUGACAAUGGCAGAUAGCUACAGUAAUUCAAUGGCAACAAUGUCUUCGUUUGGUCACGGCGGUCUUCCCACUACAAUGGGUCCAUCUCCUGGUUCGUGUCUUCAGCAAAGAGACAGUCCAGGAAUGACGAAUUCGAUGGGAGGCUAUUGCAUGGGUCGACCGCCCAGUUAUGAUCUGGGAAUUGGUUACGGAUCAAGACCAUCCCCAUGCAGUCCAGCACAACCUUACCAGAUGAACGGACACCAGUAUAGUUCUAAUGGAGGUUCGUCAACAGGGCUCAUAUCACCUGGAGUAUCGGUACCAAUAGCGGUACCAGGCCAAACGGAUAUGACAACCCAAUACUGGCCUCGAAUCCAGUGACCUUGGUGGAUAUAAGGUAGACAGGGGAAAAGACUCUUGUUGAAAAUUUUUCACAUUUUUGAUUCUCCCAAUAAUUCAUCAUCAUUUUAAUGCGAUACAACAAAAUGAUUUACAACCGUACUUCAGUGAAAAAUCUUCGUCGUCACUUCAUCGUUUUUCCGAAGAAAAUGACUGUGCCAUACGUUCUUGCUGCUUCUCUAAUUCUUUGUCAGUCUAAUUUAUAAAAUAUUUUUAAUUCUCUUGUAUUCAAUUGCUGCAAUGAACUAGUACAUGUGAUUUUUUCGAUUUACGAAUAGCAAUUUUGUAAUUUUAUUUUGUUAAAUACGAUCCCAGUUUAUAAAGUGUAUAAAUUGA